GAGAGAGAAAGCGAUAGAGGGGGGAAAGGUCGAAGCGCGAACACGCUUGCGGCUUUACAAAAAACGCGCGUAGAGCACUAAAUCUAAAGAUAAUACAUAGAAUUUUGAAGUGAUUGAACAAUUUUUCAUAACCCUUUGAUAUCUUUAAGAAAGAUAUUAAAAAAUAACUUUGAAAGGGGUGUACGAGAAAGAGAUGUGCAUGUUUUCUCACUUCGAAAAGAUAAACGUAUACAGUGAAGAAUAAGAUAAAGUAAGUGAGGAAGGAAAAGUAAAGUAGGAAAAAAAAGGAAGAGAUAAAGAGAGGGAUAAGGGUGGUAACAGCGUGACAAGGAAGGAUGCAACAAUACCGGAUGGAAACGCAAAUUCGUCUUGAGGCGCAGAUCCUGGAGGCGAUAGAUCAGUUGCGCCGACGUAAGGCGCGUCCCGAUGCCGAUCGUAUUUGUAACUACUUGCUUCGAAAAUUUGCGGUUGAUGUGCGAGAUACGAUCACCGAUCUUCAUCGAUUAAUCGAAGCGGAGAAGGUUAUACAAGUCGAUUAUAAGGGUAACACAAGUUAUAGAAACGCAUCCAAAUGGACUCGUUUACAACUUUACAAGAAUCGACCGGAAGGCUUCGUAAAAGAUAAAUUAAAUUCGGCAAUGGUGGCUGGCGCGGUUGCCGAGCUCGUUGUUGAGGAACCGGAUUACCUCGAUCAAGGUGUUCCAGCCUCUAAAUUAGUCGAUCAAUUGCUCGAUGGUAUUUCGAAUCCUACCUCUAGACGUAUGACCAAGGAUUUUCUCGGGAAAGAAGUUGCGAGCGGUAAUUUAACUCGUCUCUCUAACGGUAAUUAUUCGCUGGUGGCGACAUCCGACAUGACGACCGCAACCGAAUCGACGCAUCGUGAAACCUUUACCCUUGAAAAUAUCGAAAAUGGUAAUAUCAGGCGUAAAGACUCACAAACAGUUUCUUCAACAACUAAUGGCCCUUAUGAUUUCGAUGAAUCGGAGAAUUUGACUAUCGCCGAUUCAGCUUCAAAUACACCAAGAUCCUCGUGUCAAGCGAGUCCGAAACCAGAAGUGUCCAUCAAGAAAGAAGAAUGUUUUGAUAUUCUUCUAACUAAAAAUCAAGACCGUAUCGAAGAUACAUCUCUCGAUGGCGAUCGAACGAAGGAAUCCGAGGAUCCGUUAGUUAAUAUCGAGGAGAGAAAGGAUAACGUCAAGAGUACAGACAAUCAGUGUCCUAACCUCAAAAGAUCUUCCAAAUCGGAACGUAAGCAAAGAUUACUUGUGAGGACAGAUGAUCCUAUGGACAUAGAAAUUAAAUUUGAAGAGUUUCGCAAAGACAAUAAGGAGGAAUCUUCCGCUCAGAAAGAUAAAAGGGAAGAUAACGAACAUUUUAGCGAAGAUCGUGACGACGAAGAGGCUGGAAGAAGUUCUACGAAUUGCUCUCCUACACCGUCUAACAUCAAUGUGGGUGGUUUUCGUAGUGCUCGUAGGAAGACCAUUUUCCAGAGAGCGAAAAAAGUAUUUGAUCCAUCCGACAACAACCUUGUAAGACGGAAACGUGGUAGGCAAUCUACUACACAAAAUAAAGUUGCUACGGUUCAGGAACCUCCAGAAAUUGUUAAACCGCCAAUUAAAGAUGGGCCUUGUAGACAGUGUAGCCUUUGCGCCAAAGAAAAGCAAGAAGCAUUAGUUGCGUGUCGAGAUUGUACAGUAAGAGCUCAUCCAAGUUGUAUUUACAGUCCGGAAGAAAUAAUUCACAAGGCUGGUAGUAAUUGGCAGUGUGAACGUUGUAAGACUUGUACUAUUUGUUGUGAAACUUCGGAUGCUGGACCGUUAAUUACAUGUUAUUCUUGUGACGAAGCAUAUCAUCAUUACUGCCAUUCACCACGUGUUAUAAAUCCAAAAUCAAAUUUAAGAUGGCAGUGUAACAAUUGUGUUCAAAAGCAACAGAAAACAAACAAUAAUCAAACUGUCAGUCUUAUCAUUGCGCGACCUGAUACUCCGUCAAGUGUGACUGUACUAGCACCACCUAUUUUAAGCCCACAAGUUUCACCUGCUCGCCCAUCUUCCGAUCAAAUGGAAGACGAUGCUACUAAAGAUGGCAUCGAUCCUAAUAUUCCGGAUGCUUCGGAUUGGACAUCUGAACAAGUUUAUCAAUACUUUGCUAGAUUAUUUCCAAAAGAAGCAGAAGUAUUUAGGCAACAAGACAUAGAUGGUCAUUCUCUUUUAUUGAUGAAGAGAUCAGAUGUGUUAAAGGGACUUAAUUUGCUGUUGGGUCCAGCAUUGAAAAUUUAUAGACACGUUUUAAAACUUCAAGUUCGUCGAGACGAUCCCAAACUUUAUUGGUUGUAAAAUUAUUUUAAUAUUUUGAGGAAAAUAUAUACAUAGACAGUGGAAAAUGUUAAUGCUCACUAUAUAUUGUACAUAUAGAUUUUCUUUAUACAUUCUUCGUAUAUAUACUUUUUCUAAUUCUAGAUAUUUUUUCAUAUUAUGCAGAUUGUGAUAUUCUGAAUUAGGAAAGUGAUAACGUCUGAACAAUUUGAAGAUAUAUAA